AUGCUUCUUAUAGUUAAACCGUAUACAUGUGUGAAAACGGAUCUCGAGAGGACCAUCGACACAAUGGUGGCCAGGUAUCUGUCUACGAGCGCGGUGCGGCCGCUGAGGAGAGCCCAAUUCGACGUCAAAGCCAUCGUGAGCCAGGUGUCCCAGCAUGCCGAGGCCAUCCACGCUAGGCAGCUGGUUUCAGGUGGCCAGCUCAUCGCACAGCUGAACGCUUUGCCGCUCCAGAACCAGGAAGCCAAGCACCUGGAUACGCAAAUUGCUGGGGUUCAAACGCGACGGAAGGCCAUUGAACGGCAAAUCAAGCAGGACAAGACCCACAUGCACCAAUUGAAGGGCGAAUUGGUCGAUUUGAAGAACGCGUUCAAGCGUUUAAAUUUGGACCUCACCUCGGUCCGCGAUAGCAUACACGAAACCUGCCUCUCUUUGCCCAACCUGGUCGGCAAAGAUGUGCCGUUGACUGCGCCGCAGGAAGUGUGCAGUAUCAAUCCGAUGCCCAAAUACGUGGCAGAUCCGCAACGCGACCACCACGACAUCAUGGUGCGCAAAAACCUGGUGGACUUCAAGUCGGCCGCUACGGUAAGCGGGAAUUCGUGGUACUACUUGGUGAACGACGGCGCACUAUUGGAGCAGGCAUUGGUGUCGUACGCCACCAAGCGUGCGAGGCAACACGGCUUCUCGAUGUGCCAUCCGCCUAGCAUUGCCAAAAACGAAGUGAUCGAUGCCUGCGGUUUCAGGCCGCGCGACAUGAAUAACGAACAGCAGAUCUACCACUUGGCGGAGGGAGAACUCGGGCUCACUGCCACUGCUGAGAUUUCCCUGGCAGGCAUGCAAAUCGACAGCGUGUUAGAAUUACCUCGCGGUGUCAAGAAACUGUGCGGGGUGAGUAGAAGCUACCGGGCCGAGGCAGGUGCUCGUGGCAAAGACACACGCGGUCUCUAUCGUGUGCACGAAUUCACCAAAGUGGAGUUAUUCUGUUGGGCCCACCCAGACGAAAGUGGUCAAGUGCUUCAAGAUUUGCUGGAGUUGCAAAUGAAACUGGUGUCUGAGCUUGGUCUCAGUGCCAAGGUCCUAAACAUGCCCGCCAACGAUCUGGGCGCUCCUGCCUUCCGCAAAUACGACAUCGAAGCCUGGAUGCCAGGAAGAGGAGCAUUUGGCGAAAUUACGAGUGCGUCCAACUGUACGGAUUUUCAGAGCCGGCGCAUGGGCACCAGAUUCAGGGACCCCGCUACGGGGAAGACUGCAUUUGUGCACACGCUCAACGGAACCGCUAUGGCGGUGCCUCGCAUCAUGGUGGCCAUAGUUGAGAAUUUCUACGACCCAGCGACAGGUAUGGUAAAAAUACCUGAACCGUUGGUUCCGUACAUGGAUGACAAGACCCACAUAUAA